GACACCGGGUUCAGAUGCGACAUCCAUGUCUUUCCUCUGCACGGACCAUGAAUGGGAAACCCUUCACUUCUGCUCCUCGGCGCUAGCUAGCUAGUCAACCGUAUGUUAGCAGGAGGGCUUAGCUUGCUAUUAACACGCUUCAGUCCCCGGUGCUGAGAUAUAGUUGCAUAGAUGACCAAACACUGGCUCUGAUCGUGCUGCUUUUAACACCGUGGGACAUACUGUGCUUUGACUUAGCUGUCGGUAGUUUCGUGGCAGCUAGCAUGAUACCUUCAAAAAAGAACGUGAAGCGUAACAGCUGGGGCUCAUCUCAAUGGACCGGACCCUUGCGGAGUGCGAUGUGGACACUCGCAUGAGCCGAAAGUAAACAGUGUUCAGUGUUAGCAGACAAGAGGCGUCGCCUCUCAGCCCGAGUUACCACAGUGUCUCCACAGUGUAGUCACGUGAAGCCUGAGCCGGAUGGUACAGUGCCUCAGUCGGUCUGUGCCGCAGGCUCCUCGGUGAGAUCCUACCAGUCAGCUCCACGUUGUCUGACGGAGGGAGGAGGGGGGUCAAGAAGAAUAGAGUUCCAGCUGGUACAGUUUGUAAGAAGAGCAACAGUUCCCUCUUCCUGUUCCGCUAUCAGCUCCUGUUGUCUGCUAGGGAGUCUCAACUCCAGGACUGGAGGGUAGAGCAGACGUAUCUGUAGACCGAUCCCAGUUCAGGAUAAUGGCUGAAGGAUAACAACCAAGGAGUCACAUUCCCUCAACCCAUAGUGACCCCACUUCCCCCUUUUUACUUUUGCAACCUCCCUUUGCUGGACUUGUUUGAGUGCUGUCUCUGCUCAUUGCCUUGUCUCAUUGGGAUUUCAUGGAAUUCAUGAAUUCCACAGCAGAAUUAUGUGAAUUCAUCUUAAACUGCAGAGUCCCCUUUCUUAACACCCUCCUGGACAAAAGAGAAGAUGAUUCUAAAGUUUGAAAUAAUUGCAAUGUGACUCGAAAUCAAAAUUCUACCCAUCUGAGAUUGCCAACUUGGUCAGCACAUUUUUCAAUCUGGUUUCAUCAAUUUCCCUAUUUGCGGCCUUACAUAUCCCUUUUCUUGUGACGUUGGGCCAUGGUUCGCAAAAAAGGUUCUCUAAUACUAUGCGGUGCUUUCCUGUUUGUUGCCUGGAAUGCUUUGCUUCUACUUUAUCUUUGGGGUCGCCCUCCCAUCGGCCGCCCCGGAGAAGGUGGAGGAGCCGAACCGGGAGGAAAGGAGGAGUGGGGCGUGGGAAGAGGGAAAGGAGGCCAGGUCAAUCUAGCUGGAGAGGUGAUCAGACUGGCAGAGGAAGUCGAAAUCCAACUUGAGACGCAGAAAAAGCUAUUGAAGCAGAUUGAGAGUCACAGGGCUGUGUGGGCUCGACAGAAAGAUGUUGGGAAAAGACAAACAGAUGAUACAAAAGAAGUCAAAGAAGAGGUUGUCAACCAGCCAUCAAAGCCUCCACUUCCUGUCAAGGACAGUGUAGAUGAACGGACCCAAACUAAUGUACAACUCACACAGAAGCCUGUUCAUACAGUAGCCCCAAACUCUAAGUUAGAACAGCACCAGGCCACUGAAAUAAAGGAAGAAGUUGCUGAGAAGAAUCAUUUGCCAACUUCUGUUGCCAGCCCACAGGUUGUCAUUCCCAUUCUAGUUAUUGCUUGUGACAGGGUAACAGUUAAACGGAGCCUCGAUAGACUGAUACAGUACCGCCCUUCCCCACAACUAUAUCCAAUCAUUGUCAGCCAGGACUGUGGCCACGCCGAGACUGCUCGUGUGAUUGGCUCAUAUGGAGAUAAAGUGACGCACAUAAGCCAGCCGGACCUUUCGGACAUCAGAGUCCGGCCAGAACACAGGAAGUUCCAGGGCUACUACAAAAUUGCCAGACAUUACCGCUGGGCACUCAACCAAGUGUUCAACACCCUUUCCCAGUCUACUGUGGUCAUAGUGGAGGAUGACCUGGAGGUGGCACCGGAUUUCUUUGAGUAUUUCCAAGCUCUGUACCCAAUUUUACUUGCUGACCCUACCCUGUGGUGUGUUUCUGCCUGGAACGAUAACGGUAGAGACGCCUUGGUGGAUCCAUCUAAGGCUGAUCUCCUCCAUAGAACAGACUUCUUUCCCGGGCUUGGCUGGAUGUUGCUAAAGAAAAUGUGGGAUGAACUCGAACCCAAAUGGCCCUUGGCCUUCUGGGAUGACUGGAUGCGUCAACCAGAGCAGCGCAAGGACCGCUCCUGUAUCCGCCCAGAAGUCUCACGGACUAUCACCUUUGGCCGUAAAGGCGUGAGUUUAGGUCAAUUCUUUGACCAGUACCUUCGUUAUAUUAAGCUAAACACUCAAUUUGUGCCUUUUACAAAACAGGAUUUGUCUUAUUUGUUAAAGGAGAAGUAUGAUGAAAAGUUUAUCAAAGAGGUUUACAGUGCACCACUGGUGAAAAUUGAAGAACUGCAGCAAGGGGGCAGCUUAAGAGGCCCCGGACCAUACAGGGUGCAGUACUCCAGUCGGGACAGUUUUAAAGUCUUUGCUCGAAAUCUUGGGGUGAUGGAUGACUUGAAAUCUGGAGUCCCUCGUACAGGUUACAGAGGCGUAGUCAGUUUCCUGUACCGAGGCCGAAGAGUGCUCCUGGCUCCACCAGAGGGAUGGAUACAGUAUGACAUCAGCUGGAGCUGAGAGUCUGAUUCAAUACAAUGUGAAAGAGGGGAGAGAGCCUAACUCAGAGGAACUCUCUGAGACCAAAGAAUAUCAGCUGACGCAGUAGUUCAUGAAGGGAAUGAAGCAGCACAGAUGGGGCUGCACAUCAGUGGAGCUGCAAGAUCAAGUGUUGACCCAGGACCCUUUGUCAGGGAAGGUUCUAUAAUAGGGUGCUCAUUCAGGAUCAGUAGGUCCAGGGCCACACAGAACUCACAUGGAGUUCAAACUUGUAGGAAAAGUCCACCCUUAAACACUGUUUCAAAAGAGCUAUUGGCAAUGUGCCUUGCUUUAUAGGCCCACUUCGUUUGAUGUAUUUUUAUUUCUGUGAAAACUGGCCAAAUGUAGAGUUAACAUCACAUUGUUGCUUUUUGCAGCAGUUGUAAAUGAAGGGUGUUGCAGAAAAUGAAUAGAAUCAUCAACAACAAGAAGAGCAUGUUUCAAAGUCAGUGAUAAUCUCCACACACCAGAAGACACAACUUUGGAGAAAAAAACAAUUGCGUAAUGUUUUUGAAAAUUCUUGAAAUUGUCCCAACUCUCUACGUCAUGUUUCUUGGUUUAAGUCUACAAAACUGAUCAGAAACAGAGUUGUGUGCAAAGGAUAUUAAAAACUUCUACCAGGUUUUAUGUGAUAAACAACGGCCAUAUCCACCACUGAACUGAGUCAUCAUAGCCCUGAUGGUUAUCAUUAUAGGAGACAGGCUUCCUCAUCAAUGAUAGAUUGUAGAAAUUGCAAAAGAAGCAGACAAGAACUUCCCGAAGUGCAAUAGCUUGGAUCCAGCAUGAUCAAGCUGCAAAAUGCUGUCCAUUCUGUAUCACUGUCAAAGUCACUGAGCAGCUCAUAAAAUCUGUCGGGAAGGAUGUUGGAAAGUUCAGCAGAUUCUAAGAAAACUAAGAUGGGGACGAUCAAAGUCAGAUGAAAGCAAAAUAUUCAGCACAAUGAUUUGGUCUGAAGGGUCUCCUCUAUUGAAGUCAGUACAAAUCCUGCAUUAUCUUUUUACUAACAAGGUUCUGAGAACUACAGAAAGAAGUCAACAGUUUUAUUCUGUACUUUUGCUGUAAGCACCAAGAGCACUGCCAGGACAACAUCAUGAACCGUCUUUGACUGUACGUGAUUUGUAUUGACUGUAAUUGUUGAGACCUUUGAUAACAUGGUUUUGUUACUUUACAGCUGUCUGUUGUCAUUUCCCCCUACCUUAUAGAUUGUUUAGAAGAUUACCUACCAUCAGAUGAGAGCAUAUAUUUAACAUUUGUCCUGUAAGUGCUCAGUGACUGAGAUGUCUGAGUUCCAAGAGAUAUUAACUGGACAGUGAUGUGUGAUGUGGUCCUGAAUCAGGGCUACACCUACAGUGGCAUUACGAGAGGAUACCUUUGGAGCUAUUGGUAAUGGAAGUAAUACAUUGAAGUACAUGAAAAUGAAGAUGCCAGAAAGCAAGAAAAACUGAAUGACAUAAUAAAAUGGUCUAGAUGUUUUUUGCUACAGGACAAGUAACAGAUGUUUAACAGUGUGGGAGCAUCAAGGGCAGAGUUUUUCUUGAAUUUUCAGCACUACUGUUCUCAGGCUACGUCCACAUUAAUAUUAUUUGGUUUUAAAACACUUGUGAGUUUUUAAUCCUCUAAAAUGAAGAACUUUUAGAACUGGCCCUGUUUUGAUACGAAAACUCCCGGCUCCUGUGUUUUAGUCUGAUCAGGCUGGAACAGACAUUUUGAAACAAUGAUUUGCUUCUUGAUUGGAUCAUAAACUUGACUUGACUACCAGCAGUUAUGGAAAGAAUUGCUUAGGCUGUCAUUCUGAGAAAAGAAUUUGUUGCUUUUACUAUAAUAAAUAGUUGCUUUAAAACUAAUAUGCAUUAGUAUGGAUGUUGCCUUAGAUCAGUUAAUGAACAUGGCUUUGAAAGCAGUGUGACGACAGUGCACAACAUUAAUCAAAGGAGAUAGAUGAUCUUAUCGUAUUAGGGCCUUGGUAUGCUUCAAGUCAAGUUGAACAGAUGACAUUUAUAUAUAAAGAUAAAUCCUUACCCUAUCCCAAUUCCUUUCCAGUCUGUUCAACAUGGGUGUGAUUGACUUUUUGUCACUUUCAGAAAGUUGCAGAAUUGAUCAAACACAGCUACUUCAAUUCUGCUGUCAAAGGUUGGCAGACACCACUAGAUGACCUGAUCAACAUUUUGUUUGAAGCAUACUGAGGCUGUAAAGUUCAUCUGCUGCUCUUCAUAUUUGGAUGAAGGUCUUUGGAUCUCUUUUUAUGUCUUAAAUGAUUAUGUUUAUGAGCAACCCAGUUUAAAUUCGAUGAAGAGAAAUGUUUUGCUGGUGGAAAUACAAUAUUCAUUUUUCAGCUCCUUUUGAUUUCAGAAGGUUGUGGAACCACACCUCUGUUUGUAUGGAUAAACUUGGUGUUUAAAUAUGUUGAAGGAAAUUGUUAAUAUGAAGGAAAAAACUAUAAUGGAAAGUUUGUUUUAAAAUUAUUUAACUCUCAAGAACUUGAAGUUCUAACAAGUUUGCCAAGCUGCAAAUGAGAUUCAGACAUCACUGAGUCAAACAUUUGACUGAUGAUCACCCUAGAGGCAAGUUGUAACUACAUGACAUCCAAACCAUGGUUUGGUCAGAUUAGGUUUGUUGAAAAACCAAUGAUUGUUUGAUUUGUAUUUGUUUCUGCAACAUGAAGGCCGAGAAAUGAUUAUCACUGUACUGUAAUUAGCUUUGGGAGGUCAUCAACAAGAUUGAUUGAUUCCCAUGUCUGUAUGGUGAUGUGUAAAACCACUGCCUGAUGUGUUUAUAACUUUAACACAU